AUGCCCAUUGUCAUUGAGGGCAUCUAUUCGACACCUGUCGCAUCCGGCGCCAUGGAGUCGCACUCGACAGCGACUCUGUUGAAAGGAAUUGGGUUGAAGGGAGAUCGUUAUGCCGCACGAGCCGGUACAUAUUCGGUGCUGACACCGGAACCGGGUCGUCAGUUGACUUUGAUUUCCGCAGAGGGCGUGAAACAAGCCAUGGGACAAGAAACGUCAGUGGGAGAUUUGCGACGAAAUGUGGUUCUGGGAGGGAUUACCGCACAAGAACUAGUCGACUGUGUUGGAUCCAGAAUACAAUUGGGCAAUACUGCCACACUUUUGGUCCAUCGAAACUGCGUUCCCUGCAUGUACAAUGAACGAAAGAAUCAAAUCAAGGGCAUGAUGGAGGCGCUGUGGGAUGCGGGAGGUGUCAAUUGUGAAGUCCUCGAGGGAGGAACCAUUUCGGUGGGUGACUCGUUGACUAUUAUCAAGGAUUCUUCCGAGAAUCAUGUUGUCACUGAUGGUGGGAAACCAAGCUGGUUCUACGUCAGACCCUCGCAGCGAACGGCAGAAAUGGUUCGGGAAGGAAUAGCUGGAAAGAGAAAAACCCAUGAACGAUUGAAAGAGUCGGAUCCGGAGGGUGUGGAACGGGCCCAAAAGUCGUACGAAUCUGUGGGUCUCUGCUUUUGGCCGAAAUGA